CGCCGGGCUGCGAGCAGAGCUCGCCCUGGGCCAGCGAUCCUGGCCAUUCAGCCACCGCUGUCCCCGCUGCGCGCCCUCGCGCCUCUGCCUGAGAAGCCAGGCGCUGUCUGUCCACCCCAGAAGAGGAUGGCAAAGGUGGCCAAGGACCUCAACCCAGGCGUUCAGAAGAUGUCCCUGGGCCAGCAGCAGUCAGCAAGAGGUGUGCCUUGUCUGAGAUGCAAGGGGACGUGUUCGGGCUUCGAGCCACAUUCAUGGAGGAAAAUGUGCAAGUCAUGCAAAUGCAGUCAAGAGGACCACUGCCUGAGCUCGGACCUGGAAGACGAUCGGAAAAUUGGCCGCUUGCUGAUGGACUCCAAGUAUUCCACCCUCACGGCCCGAGUGAAAGGCGGGGACGGCAUCCGGAUUUACAAGAGGAACCGAAUGAUCAUGACCAACCCCAUUGCCACCGGGAAAGAUCCCACCUUUGACACCAUCACCUAUGAGUGGGCUCCCCCUGGAGUCACCCAGAAACUGGGCCUGCAGUACAUGGAGCUCAUCCCCAAGGAGAAGCAGCCAGUGACGGGCACCGAGGGUGCCUACUACCGCCGGCGCCAGCUCUCGCGCCAGCUGCCCAUCUACGACCAGGACCCCUCUCGCUGCCGCGGACUUUUGGAGAAUGAGCUGAAAGUGAUGGAAGAGUUUGUGAAGCAGUACAAGAGCGAGGCCCUGGGUGUGGGCGAAGUGGCCCUCCCAGGGCAGGGCGGCUUGCCCAAGGAGGAGGGGAAGCAGCAGGAGAAGCCCGAGGGCGCAGAGACGGCCGCCCCGACUACCAACGGCAGCCUCAGCGACCCGUCCAAGGAAUACGUCUGUGAGCUCUGCAAGGGGGCGGCCCCCGCCGACAGCCCUGUGGUCUACUCAGACAGGGCAGGCUACAGCAAGCAGUGGCAUCCUGCCUGCUUCGUGUGCACCAAGUGCUCCGAGCCGCUGGUGGACCUCAUCUACUUCUGGAAGGACGGGGCGCCCUGGUGUGGCCGUCAUUACUGCGAGAGCCUGCGGCCCCGAUGCUCCGGCUGCGACGAGAUAAUAUUCUCAGAGGACUACCAGCGCGUGGAAGACCUGGCCUGGCACCGAAAGCACUUCGUCUGCGAGGGCUGCGAGCAGCAGCUGGGUGGCCGGGCGUACAUCAUCACCAAGGGUCAGCUCCUGUGCCCAACGUGCAGCAAGUCCAAACGCUCCUGAAGGGCUGUCCACCCACGGCUGGAGUCCACAGGAUCCCACCGAGAAGUAGAGCCAAGUGUGCCAAGGCCAUCCUACGGGUCUGGCGAGACAGCCAACAAGCAACAAAAACAGUGAUCUUUUUUCAGUGGAUAUAUAUAUAUAUAUAUAUAUAUAUAUAUAUAUAUAUAUAUAUAUAUAUAUAUAUAUAUAUAUACACACACAUAUUCUAGAUCAGGUGGGGAGGGAUCCUUGAGGGUCAAUAGUUUCAAAGCCGGGGACGUUCUGAGAAGUCUUAGGAUGCGGUUAUUUUGUUUUUGUUGCUGUUGUUGUUUCCCAGCUACCCACGAAACACAUCCUGCCCGGGCUCUUUAGGAGGAGUUUCCCAGAAUGCAACUCUGAGUGAUCAAAUCACGUAGCUGGAGGAUAUGCGUGCUUUCUCGUGAACCUGGGGGCUCCUCCAGGAGCCGCCUGGGAUCCCAACGCUCGUUUGUUGCCUCCCUUUCAAAUGGAAUUUGAAUUUUAAAUAAAAAAAUGUUGGCAUGAUAAAUAUAUCAAUAAAAGUUUUACAAAGUU